UGUGUGUUUGCCCAAAAGGGUUGCAGGGAAACUUUUGACUGCCCCAAUCUAUAGGGUGAUUUUAUAUUAAAUAUGGCCCAACAGGGUCAGGGUGACAGACCGAAAGUGCAAGUUCAGUGUCCUAGCCCCCCUUCAAGACCAUCGUGUGGAAUGCCGCCGCUGUCUCACCCUCGAGCCUUAGGAAGUCUCGAACUCCAUGAGAGACCAUCCACGAGUCUGACCAAACGAGUACUAAAAUUACCUCAGGCUCAGACCUUUGGGCAAGCCGAUCUCCCCCUCCCCGUAAGACAAACACAGGCCGCUCCGAAAGAUAAAAAAUGGGGCUGGCUUGGACGAAAGAAGCCAUCAACCGAUCUAUUACUUAGAAGCAUGUCCAGAGCGCCCUACAACCUGAGGGAGAAGAAAUCGCAGAUUCUCUACACCACCGACGAGGAGGUUGUCGAUGGUCUUACGGAAUUUGGGGUGUUUUUAAUCUUUCUUGUUAUUACAUCACUGGUUACUGUUUCAGUGCGUCACCCGCACACUUUUCACUUUAAUGACAAGAUGCAAAAACUGUUUAGAUUUCGCGAAAUGGUCGUGGCUCCAUCGGUGACGAUUUCCUUUAAUAAGUUGCUUACUGUCCAGGACUGGUGGGACUAUUUGGAGUACAACUUUGUUAUCACAUUACGCGGAGGCAUGACAAUAACGACUUCUGGUACCUCUGUGUGUCCAACGCCGAAUUUCACAACUUCUGCGGUUGAUAAUGAAGACCGCCCCAGAAGAGGUAGACAAGGCGAUGCAGGCGAACUAUCCGAAGGCAAGUUCCAGUAUGUUGACCGAACUGCAAGCUCCGAUGGGAUCGACCUGAACUGGAAUACCAGAGAUAUCGCCAUGAGGCAGGCUUGCGGCGCUGCAGCCAUCAAUAUCAGCGAGCCCGGUCCCCAGCGUGUGCUACUGCACGAGAACCUCAUGCUCGGUCCACCGCGACUCCGCCAGAUACGUGUCCGCAGGGGGAGCUGCCACAUGAACAAGGUCUUCGUUCGUUUCUUCAACUCCUGCUACUCCGAGUUUACGAACGCGGCCGAGGAGAAUGUUGAACUGCACAAGGGAACACCGUACCGGACGAUGGGUGAACUAUACGCCACACCGAUCUGGACUCUUCUGACCGUGUAUGCUGCUGGCGGAUACUCCAUUGAUCUCACCUACGACAAGGAUGAGAAUCAAAAAAAGCUCAAUGAACUGAAGGAAAAAAAUUGGCUGGAUCGAGGCUCGAGGCUGUGUUUGGUGGAGUUCAAUCUGCACAACGAGAAUAUGGGUGUAUUUCAGAGUGUCAAACUUAUAGUUGAGCUCCCUCCGACUGGGGGUGCCAUGCCGCGGGCACACAUUCAAACGGUUAAGAAAUAUUCUUUCUUCUCCGACCCAAGUCUGACCAUGAUUGUUGUCCACAUAUUCUGGUACAUCAUGGUUUUUUACUACACCUUCAAUUUUAUCACACACUUAGGCCAGUCUAGCUGCAAAAUCUACUUCAAAUCAGUCCUGCAUAUUAUCGACGGAAGUGUUUUGUUGCUAUGUUAUUUGGCUAUCGUCUAUAACGUGUGGCACACCUUCGAAGUGAAAUCUAUUAUAUCCAAGGCCCAGGUGGACCAGGGCUAUCUGAGUCUCGAUGUUCUCUGCUUGUGCAACACCAUCUACGGGAAGAUGAUGGCUAUAUUAGACUGCCUCGUGUGGAUCAAGAUAUUUAAGUUCAUCACAUUUAAUAAGUCACUAUUUCAGUUCACAGCGACAGUGAAAAGGAGCUCAAAAGACUUGCCUGGCUUUAGUCUUAUAUUUGGAAUUGUGUGCAUGACAUAUGCUCAAGUGGGUCUCUUGCUCUUUGGCAGGGAGCAUCCGGAUUUCCGAAAUUAUCUCACCUCAUUCUUCACUAUGAUCCGUAUGAUACUGGGCGACUUUCAGUACAAACUCAUGGGGCAGGCCAAUCGGGUACUGGGUCCCAUCUUCUUCGUAACCUACAUUGUCAUUGUGGUAUUUAUAUUAUUGAACAUGGUCAUUGCAAUGCUCAUCGGGACCUAUAAGUCGGUGAAAAGUGAUGAUAUUACCCAAGGUCGUAGUAUUUUGGGCUCGUAUGUCUAUAAGAAACUGGCUGUGGCCCUAUACUGGAUCACACACUGUGGACGGAAGCGUCAAUUUCCGCCUGAGGAUGAGGCUGGUGGGGAUGCCACCGCGGCAGAAGAAGAGACUGAGGUGUUUGGACACAACACUGAAGUAGCAGAGGCACGUCACAUAAAUAAUCAUCUACCCGGAGUAACAGAGAAGGAAUUGGAUCGCCUGAACAUUCGCUUGGAUCAAAUAGAGAAAAUUCUAAAAAAAAUUCUCAUCAACAUGGAAGACAUAUUGAAACGUGUCGAGGGAUACCGUCUCAAAAGAACGAACAAAAAUAAUAAUACGGGAUCUUCGCUAUAGACACUAUAAGUAAUGCAAUAUUAUUUACUAUGUUUGGUAUACAAAAUAUGAUUAGACUUUUAA